UUCACUGCUGCUCCCCAACCUGCUGCAACUCUCUCAAUAGCUGCUAGCUGGCCUAGUGCUUCCUUGGGUUCCCUCAUCGUAACCAUGACAAGUCAUUCAGGGAACUUCACUGCCAGCUCCCUUACUUCCUCAGAAGCCCCUUGUAGCUGGAGAAGAGAUUGCGCUUCUUCUCAUUCUUCAAGGGAUGGGGCCUGCAGUAGUCCUACCACCGGAGAAGCCAGCAGGCAAAACUUCAGCUCCUCCAACCUCACAGGAUAUGGCUACCAUUAUACAUACCCAAGGGUGUCUGUCAACAAACACCUCUUGGCUCCACUCCACCUGGACAUUGACCCAGCCCUCCAGGAGAUAAGGGCUAAGGAGAAAGAGGAGAUCAAGACACUCAAUAAUCAAUUUGCUGCCUUAAUUGGGAAGGUCCAAAAUCUGGAACAGCACAACCAAGUCCUGCUCACAAGAUGGAACUUUUUGAAAGAACAAGACAACUCCCUUUCUGAUUUGGACAUCAAACUCCUUUAUGACCGGUACAUGAACAAACUGAAUCUCGAAAUCCGAUCUGUUGAUGCGGAGAAAGAACAGCUGGACUCAGAACUUGAUGAAGUUCUAGCUUCUAUGGAUGAUUUCCGAAGCAAAUAUGAAAAAGAAAUAAACAAACGCACCGGGAUGGAAUUCACCUUCACAACACUCAAAAAGGAUCUGGACAAUAGCUUUCUGCACAAAACAGAAUUGGAAAUGAAACUAAAUGGACUUCAUGCUUGGGUGGAGUUAAUGAAUACCAUCCAUGAGAAGGAACUUGAGGAAGUGAUGUCACAAAUUAAAGAUGUUUCAAUUGUGCUGGGGAUUGACAACAACAGAUACAUGCCUGAUCCCCAUAGUAUUGUGGAGGAUGUGAGAGCUCAAUAUGAAGAUUUGGCUAUCAGGAGCUGGGAAGAGUUGGAGGCACUCACCCGAAGCAAGCUGAAUGAAAGAGAAGCAUUAUCUGUUAAGUUUGGGGAUCAUCUCCUUAAUGACCGGAGGAUGAUUGCUGAGUUAAAUAUACAGAUCCAAAAAAUGAGGUCUUGCAUUGUCUCUCUGAAAAGCCAGUGUCUACAUUUAGAGGAUAACAUCAAAGAUGUUGGCCUACAAGGGGAAACAGCCCUCAAUGAUGCCAAAGCAAAACUGGCAAAGUUGGAAGAUGCCCUUCAUAGUGCCAGGCAAGACUUGGCUCAGCUGGUUAAGAAAUAUCAAGAGCUGAUGAAUAUCAAACUGGCCUUGGACAUUGAGAUUCUCACUUACAGGAGACUAAUAGAAGGAGAAGAAAUCAGCAUGGACUCCCCACCACCUGCAUUCAUUAGCAAAAUCUACUCCAGACCAAACUCCUUUUUAUCCAACUCUGGCAUCACAAAUGUCCCAGAUGCAGCAUCAAGAGCAAAAGAUUUGACAAAUAAAAUGAUCCAGAGUGGGAGCAGUUUGGAAACUGGGCUUUCUACAAGUCAUGAUGGUGGAAACAAAGUGGCAUCCAGUGAUGGUUUCUUUAGUUGUCAGGACAAUAGAAGUGGAGGCACUCCAGAUUAUAGCCUUUCUACAAGUUAUACCAGUGAGAGCAGAGACACCUCAGAGGUUUUUAAAAGUCCUAGUUUAGGCAGUCCUUCCAGAAGUAGUAGCAAUAGAAGUGGAAAUUUUGCAGAUAUUGAAGACACCAUGGAAAGCAAUAACUCCAGAAGUUAUGGUCAGUGGAUUGGGAGUAACAGAAGCCAUAGCAGCAGAAGUGGUGAUAACCUAGAAAGCGGCACAAGUGGUGAAAUCAGAGACAUAUCUGAGGGUAGCCUUUCUAGAACCCAAAGAAAUGAAAGUGGAGCCUUGACUGAGACUGUAUUUGCCAGAACCCACAGUGAGACAAGUGACUAUAUCCAAGAGGACAAUGGUUCUGGAAGUCCAAGUCAUAGAAAUGCAGAAUUUUUGUCAUCCGAAUUUUCCAGAACUCAAAGUGGGGAAAGCAAUAAUUCCUCUGGGCCUAGAUAUCAGAGUUCUAGAAAAGAAAGCAUUCCAGAUGGUGACCAGUCUCAAAGCCAAGGCAAUAGAAAUGGAGAGUUUAUAGACAAUGCUUUUGCUAGAAGUCACAGUGGUGAUAUCACAGAAGGCAGCCUUUUUAGAAGUUACAGUGGGACUAGUGCAUCCUAUACAGAAGGUGGCCUUUCUAGAAGCCAGAGUGAUGAAAAUGAACACAGAGACAUCCAUGGAAAUGAAGGAUAUGCUGAGCCUAUGGUUUCUAGAACCACCAGUGCUGAAGAUGGUGGGGUCCCUGUAGGUGGCAUUUCUGGAACCUCUAGUGAGACAAACAGGGACAUCUCAGAGGUCAGCCCAUCUAGAAGCCAGAGUGAUGAAACUGAAUUUAGAGGCAGCCAUGAAGAAUUUGCUGAACCUAAACUUACUAGAAUGAGGAGUGCUGAAGAUGGUGGAGUCCCUGUAGGUGGCAUUUCUAAAAGCAGCAGCACAGCCAGCAGAAAUAGUUCGUUGGGUAGCUUUUCUAAAAUACAAAAAGACCAAAGUCAAGGCUCCACAGAUACUGUCUUUACACAAGCCCAUGCUGAAGGUACACAGGAGGGUAACCUUCAUAAUUAUCCCAGUAAUACUAACACGGCCUUUGUAGAGGGUAGUGUUUCUAGGAGCCUUAGUGGUGACAAAAAAUCUGUCUCAAAGGGUAGUGGCUUUAGAACCCCAAGUAUAAGAAGUACAACUUUAAGUGACAGUGUAUUUAUCAGAACUCCUAGUGUAGAUGAAGAUACGUGUGAGGAGUCAAUUUUAAAAAUUCAUAGUAGGGCAAGAGAAAGUGCUUUGGAAACUAAUAUUUCAGGAGAUCCUAGCCCCAGAAGUGAAGAACUUUCACCAUCUGAUCUUUCUGGACUCCAAACAACAGAGAGUAGAAGUGUCUCAGAUAACAACCCCAGCCUUCAUGGAUGUGGGAGCAAAAGCAAAUCAGAGAGUGGGUUUUCUCAAAACUACAACGGAAAAGAAGGCUUAACCAAAAGUGAUUCUGCCAGAGCAUAUAGCGAUUCAACUAUAGAUGACUCUUCUAGUAGCCAGAAUGAUGGAAGUGAAGGUUUUGUAAAAUCUGUGGUUUCUAGAAUCAACAGAGGCAUUUUGAAAGGUGGUGCCUCCAGAAGUCACAACAGCAGCAGAAGUGGGAGCUUUAAAGCAGCUGACUUGUUACCAAGAAGCUCCAGUGAAGAAAGCCGAGGUAUGUCAGAGGCUAAUAUUUCUAGUGGUGGUGGCAAAGAAAAUGAAAAAUGCACAGAGGGCAGGAUUUCUAGAACCUACAGUUAUAGAUGUGCAGUUAUAUCAUAUCCUAGAACUGAAAGUGCUAAGGCUGAAGAUGUUCCAGAAAGUGAGCUACACAGAAGUCCCAGUUCUGAAAGUGAAAUUUCACCACCUGGAAUUUAUAGAGACCAAAGUGGUGAAAGAGAAAAUGAGUCUGAAGUUGCCCUUUCUAGAAGCUACAGCAGCAAUGAUGAGGUUGCAAUGAAAAAUCAGUGUAUAAGCCAUGAUAAUAGAGAUGAGUGAUGGGCCAGCAUCCUCAAAUACCAUCACCUUGGCCUAUGAGGUUUGUUCUAAUGCAUAUCACUACUUUCCUUCUGGUGAAAUAUGUUGUUAUAUCUCAUCCACCCACAAAGUAGGCGUCUCACAGACAUAGGAAUAGGAAUUGGAUACCACAUUCAGGAAGCUUCAGUUCAUCUAAAGACUGAUGGUUUGUGGAUGGGAAUCAAUAAGGAGGUUUACAUUAUUAACAUUAACGAUUGAAAACAGGACUCUGCAGGCUUGAAGAUGCUGACCCAACCUUCUUUGGCUAUUGUAAUUUGUGAAUCACACUCAGAAUGUUAUUUGAGUCUUUUCAAUGCUAUACUCCAGUGUUUCUCAACCUUGGCAACUUUAAGAUAUGUGGACUUCAACUCCUAGAAUUCCCUAACCAGCAUGGCUGGCUGAGCAUUUCUGGGAAUUGAAGUCCAUACUUCUUAAAGUUGCCAAGGUUGAGAGACACUGCUAUACUGUAUGGUGAGGGGACUAAUACUGCAGUUACAGUACAGGCAUUAACUACUAUACAACAGAACAUAAGCCAACAGUAUAUAGUUUUUUAACCAGUAUUAUUUACUAUACGUUGUUUGUUGUUCUCAUUCUUCUGUUAUUUACAUAUAUUAUACCAAACUUUAAAUAUGCAUUAAAGCAAAUAAUACGAUGGUCUACGAGAAAGUUUAUUAGGUGGAAUCUAGUUAGUAUAUUCUACUGCUGAUCUUUUGGCUGACUUCAAGGUUCCCCUUUUGAGUUGAUCUACUGAAUUCUUAAAGGCAAAAGUUAAUUUUUCAUUUCUUUAGAAGGCUUUGGAGAACCUUGAUGGACACCAGCAAGCCUAGUGGAAACUCACCAGCCAAUUCUUGG